AUGGUUGUGCGAGCACUGCUUCGCAACGAGUUGCUGCAGGAUAGAAUCGACGAUAUACGAGCAAGUUUUGCCCUUUUUCUUUCAAAAAGAUUGAUAAUUUUCCACUUUAAGUCGUGCUACAAGGAUCUGGAAACUGAGAAGCCGCCAAGUAGCCCGGCUGGAGGACUUUUCAGCUACAUAAAGCGAACACCGACUAAAUUGGGAGAUCCUAGUACUUCCCAUAGCUUCGCCUUGUCGCCUUUUUCUGGACCAUUGAGUGAGGACAGUCAGAGGCUUCUGAAAAGUCCUCGGAAACCACAAAGGAAAGUCCCAAAAAACCCGUACAAGGUGUUAGAUGCUCCCGAGCUUCAAGACGACUUUUAUUUGAAUCUAGUCGAUUGGUCUUCGCAAAAUAUGUUGUCUGUGGGUCUGAAUACUUGUGUCUAUCUGUGGAGCGCCUGCAACAGUCAGGUUGUUAAAUUAUGUGAUCUGGUGAAUGAUCAGGACACUGUAACUUCUGUGCAAUGGGCAGACAAAGGCGAACUCCUUGCUGUCGGUACGAAUCGCGGCAUCACUCAGAUUUGGGACGUGCAUAGUCAAAAGAUGACCAUGGAGCUGUCUGGUCAUACGUCACGCGUUGGCUGCUUGGCUUGGAAUGGCGACCUCGUCUGUUCAGGCAGUCGCGAUCGUCACAUUAUCCAACGUGACAUUCGUCAACCACAUAACACAGAAAAGAAAAUGAGCGCACAUCGUCAAGAGGUGGGUUGG